AUGGGUCUCCUGAAAAUCUCCGACAACCACACUGCGGCACCAUACAAUGCCCCGAUUGUCUCCUCAUACAACGACCGCAUCCGGCCGCUGCUCGACACCAUCGACCGCCUCCGCCACCUCAAUGUCGUGCAGGAAGGCAUCAAGCUCCCCACAAUCGUCGUGGUUGGCGACCAGUCAUCCGGAAAAUCGAGCGUCCUCGAGUCUCUCGCCGGCAUCAGCCUUCCCCGCGGUCAGGGAAUCUGCACCCGCGUCCCCCUCAUCAUGCGCCUCCGGAACCACCCAAACCCUAACCCCGAACUCUCCCUCGAGAUCAGCAAAGACCGGAAGGUGCCGACCGACGAGGUCAACGUCGCCGACGACAUCCGCCUCGCCACCGAAGAGAUCGCCGGCGAGGGCAAAGGGAUUUCAAACACCCCUCUGACUCUGGUCGUUAAGAAAAGCGGCGUCCCGGACCUCACCAUGGUCGACCUCCCCGGAAUCACCCGGGUGCCUGUCCCCGGCCAGCCGGACGACAUCUACGAGCAAAUCUCGAGGAUCAUCAUGGAGUACAUCACUCCCGACGAGAGCAUUAUCCUUAACGUCAUCUCCGCGGGUGUGGAUUUCACGACCUGCGAGUCCAUCCGCAUGUCCCGGCAGGUGGACCGUACGGGCCAGAGGACCCUGGCCGUGGUGACCAAGGUUGACAAGGACCCCGAGGGCCUGCUCGAGAAGGUGACCUCAGACGACGUCGCUGUCGGCUUGGGCUACGUCUGCGUGCGCAACCGGAUCGGGGACGAGACGUACGAGGAGGCCCGGGAGGAGGAGGCUUGGCUGUUCAAGACGCACCACCUCCUGUCUAGGAUAAGCCCGUCAAUGGUCGGGAUCCCUGUCCUGGCUCAAAGGCUCGUCCAGAUACAGGCGAGCCUCAUCCUCAAGUGCCUGCCCGACAUCGCAAGUAAAGUCAGCGACAAACUGUCUUCCAACAUGGAUGAGUUGAGUCAGCUGCCGCGCACCAUGACCUCUGUCGCUGAGGCCAUGACGGCCUUCGUCCAGAUUUUGGGCAACAGCAGAGAAUCCCUUAAGAAGAUUUUGUUGAGGGGAGAGAUAGAUGAGUAUCCAGAGGAGAAGGAUAUGCAUUGCACGGCCCGGUUGGCUGAGAUGCUCAGCCGUUACUCUGAUGAUAUGCAGGGCAAAGGCUCCCAGUACGAAUCAACAGAUAAGUUCUUGCUCGAUGAGAUUAGUGUUUUGGAGGAGACGAAAGCAAUUGGACUUCCAAAUUUCCUACCGAGGGCCGCUUUUCUCCUCCUGCUUGAGAAGAAGGUGAAGGGGGUGUCUUUCAUGGCUUUUGAGUUCAUCAACACUACGUGGGACUACAUAGAGAAAGUGUUGAUCUAUGUCCUCACGAAGCACUCGGAUAACUACCCACAGCUACUUUCGUCCAUGAGACAAGCCGCCCGGAACCUAGUGGCCAUGAAGAGGAAGCAGUCGGAGGUUUGGGUUCUGGAUAUGGUCGAGAUGGAGAAGAUGACGGACUACACGUGCAACCCUGAGUACAUGGCUUUGUGGAGCAAGCUCAUGGCCUACCAGAACAAGUUUACGGAGAUUCUGAAAAACAACUCUAUGCACGGGAAUGUUUUGCUCAUUGAUGGGUACUGGAAUGUUGAUGUCUCGCACCUAAGGGGCCGGACUGGGGACGUGCAUGAGGCAUUUGACCUGAAGAUGAGAUUGACGGCCUACUGGAAGAUAGUGUUGAGAAGGAUGGUCGAUUACAUGGCCCUGCAUUUGAUGUUCAGCAUACGCAAUCUGGUGAACAAGGAAAUGGAGAUGGAGAUUGUUAAUGAGGUGAUGGGUCCAGAGGGAAAAGCGAUGGAGAGAAUGCUAGAGGAGUCGCCUGCUGUGGCCGAAAAACGCAAGAAGCUCAAUAAUAGUGUGGAGUUGCUGAAGGAGUCUAAGAAUGCGGUGGCCAAGAUCAUUGAUAAUAUUUCUGGUAUUAGUAUGUGA